AUGAUUUUCCACUUGGAAACUGCCAAGUCGCAACACUGCGGCUGCUCUCCCAUUCUCUGCUGCAGUAAGAAUGGUUAUUGCGGUGCCAACGACGAUUACUGUUUUUCCGGUUGCCAAUCAGGUCCUUGCAGAAAAAGUAGAGAGCCGCUUGACAGGAUUGUUACACAACAAUUCUUUGACAGAAUUAUUAGCCAAGCCAAUAAUAACUGCGGCGGGAAAAGAUUCUACACCCGUGACUCUUUCCUUGAAGCCGCUAAUACUACCUCUGACUUCAAUAGUUCUACUACCAGGCUCGAGAUCGCUGCCAUGUUUGCUCAUUUCACCCACGAGACCGAACACUUUUGCUACAUAGAGGAGGUGAACGGGAGUUCACGUGACUACUGCGACGAGAACAACAGGCAAUAUCCAUGUGCACCGGGCAAGAACUACUAUGGUCGUGGUCCGUUCCUACUAUCAUGGAACUACAACUAUGGACCAUGUGGCCAAAGUCUCGGCCUUGACCUCCUACGCCAGCCGGAGCUAGUGGGGAGCAGCCCAACUGUGGCUUUCAGGACCGGUCUGUGGUUUUGGAUUAAUAGCGUAAGACCUGUACUGAGCCAAGGGUUUGGAGCCACCAUUAGAGCCAUCAAUCGUAUGGAGUGUAACGGUGGGAAUCCUGGUGCGGUCAAUGCAAGGGUUGAGUACUAUACAGAGUAUUGUAAACAGCUUGGUGUGAUAAAGCCUGUUGCCAAUAACACUUGCUAA